CGAAAGAGCCUCCGUUACGCUGACAAGUGAAGAAUUAGAACGCCAAUUUAUUAAGUGCCUCCACAAAGUGCAGCCACAAUGUCAACGACUCCGAUAAAUAUAGCCCCUUCUCCAGUUGAGGUGCAACUAUUGCAGGGCAGUCAACGGCAGCAACAGCGAAGCAGUUGGGCAAAGUAUGGAAAGUGUCGCAUUAAGAAGCUGCUGAGCUCAGCUGCCAUUUUCGUAGCGCUAUUGCUUAUCGCGGGCGCCAUUUACAUGCAUCUAAAGCAAAAGAAUCAUCUCGGGCGCCUGAACAUAGCGCUGGCGACAAAGGAGAAUAAUGUCAGCGAGGUGAUACUCCCCUUUGAAGUGGUCACUGCUCCGGGCGUGGCUGCACUUGGCUCACCGCUCCUCAGCGAUGACUGUUUGAAGUGCAUUGCAGCAACGGCCACGGACCAUAAGCCGGCAAUGUGCGGGCCAAGCCCAUGCAGCAUAUAUCGUAUCUCCCGGCCGUAUUGGCAGGAUGCGAUACGGCUCGGUCAGUUCUUUGGAGCACAGGAUUACGAGAGCUGCGUAUCAAAUCCGGAGUGUGCCACAGAAACUGUGCGCAGCUUCAUAACAUCCUACGCCAGGGACUGCGACGGUGAUGGACUGAUUCUGUGUCGGGAUCACAUAAUGCUGCAUCAACUGGGACCGACAGGCUGCCUGCAGAGGACGUUGCCGGCUUUUUCCAGAAACCGCAUGCAUGUUUGUCUGAGACAGAAAGAGCUUGAAUAGAGACGAGCUUCUGCCCA